UUUCCUUCGGUGGGAAAAUUCCUGCUGGAACAUCCGCGGUGGAUUGAACUCGGCUGUUGUAGCGGAAAAACAGGCAUCUGUGACACACGCCAGAGGAUUUUCUUGCAUGUUUUCACAUAUUGUUCAGAUUUCGGUGUUCCCCCAUUCAAGUAGAUAGGAGCUGCACUGGCAUGACUGAAAAUAUUCUCCUGGGAGCGUUCCAGACAUGGCUGACAGUGGACUGACUUGCUAGAAAGACUUUGGCUGGAUCCGCACAAGCACGUGAGUGCAUCUUCAAAGUAAAAGCGCUUCACGUGUGCUAAGACCAUCAUGUUAAAGUGGAUCAAGGCACCCUGAUCAAAUCUUCUCCAUUUCUGUCUUCUCUUUCCCUGAACCCAUCAUUGGCUCAGUAAUGAACCACACACCCAGCCCCCAUAUGACAGAGGCUGCCAAGUCCGGGGCGGGCUUGUUGUGCGGCCUGGGCUUGGGCCCGGAUCGGGUGCGCUCCCCGGACAGCCUGACCCACACGCCCAGCCCAUCAGGAGGAACGCCCAGCUCUAGCCCUCCUCUGCUGCUGUCUCCAGGACUGGGCUGCGAUGGUGGCGGGGACUGGGAGAGCCGUGAGGAGCUGCGCCUGCGCGAACUGGAGGAGGCUCGGGCACGGGCGGCUCAGAUGGAGAAGACUAUGCGCUGGUGGUCAGACUGUACAGCCAACUGGAGGGAGAAGUGGAGUAAGGUGCGGGCUGAGCGCAACAGGGCGCGGGAUGAGGUCAGGCAGCUGAGGCAGCGUCUGGAUGCCCUCACAAAGGAGCUGACGGGGGCAAGACGAGAACGGCAAGAGCUUGCGGCGGAAAACGAACAGCUGCGACUGGAGGCACAAAGGGUCCGGGCUGAACAGAACUCCCCAGCUGAUGCUUCCACUGCACCAGCAUCAGACUCCUCAACGGCCUCCAUGCACUCCGACCAGCCAAUGGGACCAGACGGAAAGCAGCAGAACCAAAACGAGGAGAGAGUGACCAAUGGACCAGGCUCUCCAGAGCAGGAACCUGUGAGAGACGUAGGCACUGACAAACCAGACAGGCAAAAGGAGUUGGAGUUAUUGGAGGCUCUUCUCAGGGCAAAGUCAGAGGCUCCAGACACAUGGGACAUUCGCAGUGCCAGUAGCUUGCGCUCUGUUCUCAGUCGGCAGGACCGAAGCAGAUUGCUGUGGGAGGACCUGGCUACCCUGGAGGAGGACUCCAGCAAACUUAAUGCCCUCCAGCUACGCUUGGAUGAGUCCCAGAAGGUCCUGCUGAAAGAACGAGAGGAUAAGCAUGCGCUCAUUAAGAACAUUGAGAAGCUGGAGGCUGAGUUGAGCCAAUGGAAACUCAAAUAUGAGGAACUGAACAAGAGCAAACACGAGACCCUAAAGCAGCUGAACUUGCUGAAGGAGGUGCAUCAGGACGAGCUGGGCCGCAUGUCUGAAGAUCUGGAGGAUGAGCUGGGUGCUCGUACCAGCAUGGACAAGAAACUGGCAGAGCUUCGUACAGAGAUGGAACGUCUGCAGGUGGAAAAUGCAGCAGAGUGGGGUCGUCGGGAGCGUCUGGAGACAGAAAAGCUGGCUCUGGAGAGGGAAAACAAAAAGCUGCGUGCCCAGAUGGAAGACCUGGAGGAGCAGCUGGCACGCAAGCGCAGGCAGGCCGCCAGCGCCCUGGACACCGACCUCAAGACCAUCCAGUGCGAGCUGUUUGAGAGGAACAAGGAGCUGGCAGAUUUGCGACACAUCCACUCCAAGGUUAAGAAGCAGUACCAGGAGAAGAUGGCUGAGCUAACACAUGCUAACCGGCGUGUUGAGCAGCACGAGACUGAAGUUAAGAAGCUCAGACUGAGGGUGGAGGAGCUGAAGAAAGAGCUGGGCCAGGCUGAAGAUGAGUUGGAUGAAGCUCAUAACCAGACCAGAAAGCUUCAGAGAUCCCUAGAUGAGCAGGUAGAGCAAUCAGAGAACCUUCAAGUUCAGCUGGAGCACCUACAAUCCAGAUUAAGGCGUCAGCAGAAUCCUGGCCUUUUUGGUAAAAUGAGGACAUCGGCUUCGACACGUUUUGGGCCUGAAGAUGCAGAUGGACCUCCUUGUGACCUUGAUGAUGAGGAGGAGGAUGAACUGCAGCUCCAGAUCCCCUAAACUGUUCAUUUCACACCUGGGAAUGUAUGAAAGACUCGCGGAUCACAUCCUAGCAUUUCAAUUUCCCCUUCAUUUCAUCUCUCAGCUGGAACCUGAAGAGGAUAAAGACUUCGAAAAAAAAAACUGACUAACACAACUGUCUAUCUCCAUGCUCUUCUGCAGACAGAUAAACACAACAAUGAUUUUUCAGUGGUCUGUUUUCAACAGCUUAAAACGUGUGCCAGAGCCAAACAAGUGCUUUUAACUGUGUCCAAAGUCUUUUUUGAAAGUCUACUGGUGUCCACACCAAUGUAGUGUUGGGUACAGUCCAAGAUCGCACAUAAAUAAUAGAUAUAUAGGUACACAUGGAUAUAUACAGUACAGUUUCAUAGACCAUUAAUGAGUGAAUUUGAUCUUUCGUCAUGACUGAAUUCAGUGAUUACUUAUACCAACUUGUGUCUUAUGCUAUUUAUUAAUGACUAUACGCUUUGGGAAUAUCAUGACCCUGGGAUUUUAUCACCAAAAUGCCCAUUUGAAGCCAAGUAUCUCCAAGAAUCCUGGUGUAAAAGCAAUAAGCACAAGCAUGCUUUGGCUCAAGCCUGAAAUAAGCCCUUUGAAAUAUGUUCAUAUCUCACUUCAUUCACAUCUCCCAUCUGAUAUCUGGCCUCAGAUGACCUCUGAAAGUACCAAUGAAUAUGCUUAGGUAUCCAUACUCCUGUAUCUCUGCUACUGUACAUGAAUGAAUCCCUGUUCCUCACCUCCUGCAUUAUAAUUUUGUCUUCUCGUCCAUCCAUUUUAAAUGUUCCCUUUUGCUCUUCCCAUUCAUUUUAAUUUCUCAUUUAAUCUUUUGUCAGCUCUCCCACACAGCCCCAUCCGUUAACACUAACUCUCACACCAAUAUUCAAAACAAGCCAUUCAGAACAUGAUUAUGUUUCCUGUGUCAGGGGAACAUUUCAUUUGUGCUGUGUUGUUACUGAAGAAUAAGCAAGUAAUGUUGUUCAGCAGUAGUCCUGCUUAAUUGUCCCAAAGCUUUUCUUAGUGACCAUAAAAAUGUGUUUGAGUCUUUGCAGUGGAGGACUGGUGUUGUUUUAUAUUGGCAAUAGGAAGGGUAUUUUUUGUAUUUGUUUGUGUUUGUAUUUUACCGUAAUAAAUUUUAAGUGUAUAUAUAUUGCUGUGAACCGUUAUUUUGUGUCGUAACAUCGUGAUUUAAUCUACUUUAAGUCUGAGUGUGCGAGUCUAAAAUCAUACGGAUCAUUGCACCUGUGCCUCUUUUUGACAUCUUAAAGCAGAAGUAUGUAAUUUCUGUGACACUAG